GACCGUCGCUACGAGACUUCCGUUCUAAAACAGCCUGGACGAGGCUCUACCUAAUUGCUAGAAAGUAAGAAAGUAUAGGGUCCAAAUUGGAUAAAGAAGCACUACGCUUUGCAAGGGCGCCAACCACUAGGUUGUAACGACCAGAACAAGAUUCAGUUUGUGUUCAGUCCAUUGGGCAUGGGUAUCCUCCUGACUAAAACGAUUCAAAUCCGUAAGUUCCGCCCUAAGGUGACCAAUCUUUUUUAUUCUUUCUCCUAGUAUGUUGUUUCAAGAACACUGGACUGUCACUCUAUUGGCGAGAGAAGAGGAGGACUUAUAAGCAGCUUUCCUCCCCAACCACAUUAAGCAUUUUGAUUCACUUUUAGAUUCCAGUGAACCCAACAAUAGUGGCACUCCGUUCCCGACAUAGUCUAGUACCGACUUCACACAAGUUCAAAAGAGGUAAGAGUGGUGUCACACAAGUGCAAUUCCAGAAACAAACAGUAGUGUCGACUUAGGAAGCAGCCCUGAGCAUUGGAUCACAGGCGCAGGUACCGGAAAUAGCAGUUCUAUCGACUGAAGACCAACCUCCCUACCGAUAGUAACUGAUCAACUUACUUACUCGAAAGACAGACAGCUGCACUGCACUCCUUGUAGCGACUAUAGUGGCGCCUAGCUUUUGUUUCCACACUUAAGAUCCCAAGCUCCAAGGGAUGGGAUGGCUGAGAUGAGUUCGCAUAACCUACUCCGGUUAGUUCGGAUGAUCCGAUAUGAUGGCAAAACUCCUACCUGCUAUGGCAGCCUCUACGCUGUGGAUUAUUGCGAGAUAACUUCUAUCUCGUACUUAGAGCAGACGGAGAACCCCACUUUGAAACUUCAUUCAAUUGGCAUUCGCACUCAACUGCUUUCCAUUUUCUUGAACAUGGGAACCGGCACUAUUCGAAUCAGUUCGUUAACUCGAGUUACACUACGAACAGAGUGCUGCCGUUGAUUGAUUGCAAAAGUCUGAUUCCCUAGUGGCACUUGCUUGUUAGCUGAACUUAUCUUUUCUUUCCGGCGAAGGGAAACAUGGAUCAGUUGCUGCUGCCGUAAGAAUCCGUAUUUUGGGAUCUGCAGACGCAAGAGGAGCGUGCUAAUAGAAUCGAAUACUACUUGCGAAACGGAACUCAGAUGACUUGAUCUUGAUAUUUAAGUAUGUAAUUUCGAGAAGCGGAGGGAAUAGGCCCUUUAAGUUAAGCCCAGAAAGCACCUACUCUGGAAUGCCUUGGAAAUAUGCUCACUCAGUUGUGAGAACAGUCUUUCGUUUCGAACAAGUGAAUACGGACUUCCGGAUUGGGAGAUCGGAACUGUCCUUUGGGGUAGUGCGCCAGAAGAUACCCGGCCUUUUUUAGCGUGGAAUAGGAGCAGUUGUCAAAGAAUCUCUUCUCUAGCGAGGAAUAGGAGAUCAGUCGUAUUCUCGUUCUAGGAAAGGCGUAUUAUCGUUCUAGUGCAGCAGGCUAUUCAUUCUAAGAUAAGAGUCAAGCUACCCAAUUAGAGGAAGGGACUUCCGUCAAGAGUAAAGCGAAUCGUUCUAGGAAUGCUACUCCUUCCUUUUCUCGGUCGUAUUAUCGUUCUGGGAAACGCAGAGUUGUUGUUGAUGGCAUUGGCUAUUUGCAGUAGAAAUGGGGGAAGCAAGCAGUUCUUGGAUUGGCCUAACCCCCAGAGGGCUUUCCUUCAAACUUCACUAGACGACUCCCCAUAUUCUACUGUGCAGUCAACUCGUUUCAUUUUCUUUCAUUUCACCCCAUCUAAGUAAGGGCUUAUUUUCCCUCUGAAAAACAAACAAGAAAAACCAUCAAAAACGAUGAAAAAAGACAGAAAAACGAGACAUAUUUGCACCUUUUCCGCACUGAGGAAAAUCGUAGAACAAUCUCCCUUUUCUUUGUCCGGUUAAAAAAGAAAGAUAGGAUAAGAUAGGAAUAUAGGUACUAUGAGUAUGAGACGGACAGUAUGAGUGAGUGGAAGGAUGGAGGUCCUACCACGAACGGAAGUAAGAACCAAGGAAAGAGAGUGCGGGGCCUUCCGUUCCUACUGUACAAUCUAAAGAUCCGUCCUGUUGCGAUGCGAGGAAUAACAUAAAUAUCAGUUCAAUCACAAACACCGAGCUGCCACAUACUUCUCUUGUUUAUCGACCGGAGGGGAGGUUACCUACUAUAGCGAGAGCGAGCGGCAGAAGCAGAAGAGAAGCAGAUCCUUAUACGAUUCUAGAAACUGGCACUGGUACCUCCUCCUCCAAGAGGAACUUGGUAAUCUAGGGCGGGCCGCAUAACUAGUAAAGUGCAUUUGCCUAUACCACAGGACAGGGGUAGAAACUGAAGUAGAAGAGUGCAGAGUGCCAACCAGUUCACCACUUUGGUUUAGAAUUUAGGUUUCCCAGAAGAGAAGGAUUUCUAUUUGAUGGACCUGUAAAAAGUGUCCUUGCCAUGAUAAGACGCAGGAAACGACCCACCUACCGCUAGGAAUGACUCUCCCCCCAUGCAUGCCCAUGGGACUCUCUUUAGCUGCCUGUUUCAAAAUCCGAUUAAGUGGUUCUAAGGAAUGGAUUGCGAAGGAAAAUAAAUAUCGAUAUCGGGGACGAGGGCUCUGCUCACCACUGUGAUUGGGCUUCAAUUUCCUCUUUUUACUCAAAUAUAUCCAUAGCUUCAUUCCUUCCUUGCAAGGUUCUUUUUCAACACAGGAUUUCGUCUUGCUUUCCGUUUCUAUCCCCUCGGAAUACUGCUUAGAUCAGGCUGUAGGUACCGGGCUCACUCACUCAACCAGGGAAGACCACAUUGCUUAAAACUAAAGAGAAGGACGUGAUGUCUUUCGGAAGCGCCGGCCACCAUGAACACGAUAUUGGCUCCGCACUAGAUUUCUCAAUAGCUACAUAGUUCAAAAGUAGACAGUAUGGAUCUUCUUGUUCGGUCCUAGAGAAAAGGUCCUUUCGAAAGAAAAGAGGAAGGUCCAAUGGCUCAAAUUCUAUGACCCAGAUCCUGAGGCGGAGAAUUCUUUAGAGGCUCCAAACUUGAGAAGUGGAACCGCUACCUAACCCAGCUCAGGUUUCUGAAGUGCCUGCAGCAUAAAUCAGUGAACAGGUUGGAUGUGCAAUCUAGCCGAUUGCCUAUUGCUUUCCAUCAAGCAACUAAUUGAAAUAGAAGGCAAGAGCUCCAGUUCCAGUUCCUGUUGGGCAAGGGGGAUAGUACAAUCUACGGGACAAGCCCGGUUUAUUUAGACCUAUUUCUCUGAACUGAACCGACAGAAAUUUGAUACUGCUUGCUACCGCCUAACAAGAACAUAUAACUUUCCGAUGGAAACUAGACCAACGCUUGGAUCAAGAGAAGUGCCAGCUGGGUCUCAGGUAUCCAGCGCCGGUUGUUAGGGAGAUUAGUCGGCAGGCUUAUCAGAUUGUGUGUGCAUCUAUCCUUUCCUAAAGCUUCCCUCUACCCCUGAAACUCGAAUCCCUCUUUGGCAUAGGAAUAGGAGCUGGUCAGUAGUAAGCAUUUCUGGUUCCUUGUCUCUUUUGUGUGAGUGUUAGUCUAUUUCCAUUUCCCAUCCAUUCACCCGGAAGGGAACAGAACCGCUUUUCAUUCACCACUGCUUUCCUACCAACAAGAGAAGAGAAGAUAUUCUCUGGCACUAUCGCAUCACGCGUUGCUGAAGAUGAAGAGCAGACAAGAGAUAUUUUCUUCACUACCGAACCGAUUCGCAGUUGACUUCCUUCGGCCCUUGAUCUCGUUCCAAGAGAUUUGAUUCCUGUAAGGGUGCCGGUACUUAUUCCCGGCAGGCGGAAGGAUCCCUUUUGAGUGCCAGUGCUGCUCACUAUGGGCCAAAACCAGCCUUUUUCUUUCGUCAGCAAACACCAUCUGAGUUCAUGGUAGGUGAUAUCGAAACGCUUCCCUAUCAAAUAGGUAAGGAACUAGGGACCAGAGUAAGGGAUCUAUUGAUCAAGGUCAUGUCACCUCACCGUUGACAAUCUGUGUCCAAACCGGAUGGAAUAGAGGACAUAUCCAGAACAGGAAGGAUCUCCUAUUACUAGGGACUAGGGAAAAAGAGAAAGAGAAAGACAAGUCUAUUUGCUUGGAUGCCGGUUAUAGGACUAGUAAAGUCAAGGAUGGAAACUAUAACGUAUCCAUUUCUGAUUGUGGUUGGAUCCCUGGGUGGUGCUGGUAAAGAAUACUCAUAUCGCUCUAAGACAUACCAUGUUUAUAGCUAUCUUAGGCGCUAGUCUAGUAUAGUAAAUGCGGCGGUAAUGAUGAUUUCUACUCAGCUCUGGCAAGAGUUUCUAUUUCGAAGGGAAUAGGUCUAGAGUAACUAGAAUACCAGGCCAACUCUUUGAACAGAACGGAAAGAGAGUCCACUUCUGCAUGGAUCCUUCAUUUCCGGAACAAGGAAGCUGGGCGUAGACCCGUUACUUCUUACUUUACUACGGUGGAGGGGAUGCCAUGAUUCCAAUGCGUAUUGACUAGGUCGUAAGAGAACUACUUGAGCUCUAAUACUUUGAUCCUCCUAUAGGACUCGAAACCAGUCUACGCCCUUGCCCUGUAGGAAACUAGACUCGCUAGUAAAGAGGAGGCGGAUGCUUCGCUUUAGGCUUGGCUUGAGCUUCCGUUUAUUGGAAAAGUGCCGUAGCUCUAGUUGGGAAACAUUUCCAUUCCUGUCUUCAACUGAACCCUGGCCAGUUCCCUGAGCAGAUCCAUUAGCAUAGCAACAAAGGGUUGUUUUCUAUCACGACAGAUUCGCCUAUUCCUCGCAUCACAACAAGACAGACGUAUCUCUUGCCAGGUCCUUUUCUGGAUCUCAUUCCAGGCCAGUUGGGAAGAGGAUUCGCCAGACCUUGGUUUGGUUUUAUGUAAAAUUGGAAUCGUGGCCAUAAUCAGGUAUGGCACAUUAUGAAGUAACUGGAAUGGGAAUGGGGUCUUACUUCGAAUUGGACACGGACGCACUAUUGGAUUUCCUUUUCUGAAGGCUAGGGCUAUAUCCAUUAGUAUCAAAUGCCUUAAUUGCUUUAUUUUCUUUCUUUGGUUUAGGCGUUCCAUUGCCUCAAUCUUCACCAUUGGUACAAGAUCCCCUCAAGAACUGCUCUUUUCAGAACGUUCAAUCUGAGUAGAGGCUGAGCCACACAUCAUCUCACCCAUUGGGGACUUUUACUUCCUCUUCAGGCCUUGUAGUGAUUUAUGUGAAAAAGUGGAAAUUCAAUUUCCAUUAGCCACCACUACUAUCAUGGGUACAGUCUGUGUAAUCUUGCAUUGUUCCUAGCUAUGCUUUGUAUCUUCGAAUACACUUGACUAGAGCUUGCUUGUGGAUCGAAUAUUUCAAAGAACGAAUACUUCCGCAUAUGCCGACGGCGAAAGCAAUCUCCUAGUGUCUAGUGUUCGUGGUCUCGACCUAUUUUCCAUUGGUAGAAGCCUGCCGUUUCUAUCAAAGCUUUUCCAACAAAGAAGAAGCCCCAUAUUGCAGCUGAAAGAACUUACCCACCCGGCACCUAAUGAUACACGUACGUAGGUUAUGCCUCUAAUAGUAUUUCCAACCACCAGGUCCGCUUGAGAUUAAUAAGAUUUGGGCAGAUGGGGGGGCUUUAAAAGCUUAGAAGCUGAUCCCAUCCCACACUUAGAAUGAAUAGUGCACUCUCCUCUCGUGGCUGUUGCCGAUCGCUUGAUUGAGAAGCAGCCCUCGACUCGGUCUACAACUCUAAGAUCUCAGGAUUGGCACUCUUGAGGGCGGACACCGGCCUAAACUCCUUCUGUUGAACCCCUGGAGAGGAGGGACCUCAGGAACAUAAACAUAAAACAGUGGCUUUCGGAAGCAAAGGUUGACCUCUUCGCGGCAUUACUCUUUGGCACUAUACUCGUAUCCGUGUCCUGGUAGAAGAUAGAUCUCAGUCAUGGCUAGAGGAAUGUGAUCCGUUGUGGAAAGGCAAUAUAUUUUUGAUUUCAAGCACAGGCGCAAGUAUGCCACUUAGGGGGAGUAAGCACAGCUCGUCGUAGGAUAGCAAUCCACAUAAAAGAGAGAAGUAGUUUAAGUUGAUGCCAGUGUGGGUAAACGAACUCUUUAGCCGGAUCUGGAGAUGGCGACUAGCGCAUAAGCCUGCUGACUAAACGAGCUGUUCUGGACUGGAUACGAGACUGACUCCCCAGAGACCGGGGAUCACUGAACCCUAUUAUUCCAAGCAUGGGCUUUAGCGGAGAAAGGUGCUGCUCUAAUGGCGAACCAAACAGCUUCAAAGCUCCGAGGGAAGAAAGAUUUGACCCCCAUUGAAACCUGUCUUUGAAAGGUGAUACGAGCACAGAAAUGUAGAUAGCCCUCUAGUCCGGAUGGAUGGCAGUCUCUAUCUAGUACGAGAUUCCACUGGUUCACAUCAUUCACUAAUCGAAAACUUACGUUCAGAUUACGUUCUGCAUGAAUGCUUGCUCAAACCUCUAAGUGCUCGUACCUGGCCCAGACCUAACAAGUGCCACAGUUCUUAAGUAUAGCGGAUCUCAUAUCGGGCAGUCAAGCAUUUCUCUAGUCUGGUUCAGAAGCCGCACCGUUGGCCAAUACCUCUAGCAAAGAUCGAGUGAGUUCGUUCUCACCUUUUUGAUGGGAACUCCUUGCUUGAGUUCCGUCGACACCAAAAAGUAUUGAAUAGCGCUGACACUCCUUCCUAUAUUCCUCUCUGGCAAGUCCACGGCAUCAAUCAAUACGAGUGAGAAGUGAAAACCUCGCUCACAAGCACGGGUGUCGAACUCUAGUCUAGAUCAGUGCCAGUGCGGCACUACGAGUCAAGGUGCCGGAUGAUUGAUCGAGGGAAGAAACCCCGUAUUUUUGCCCUACCUCUGGAAACCCGAAUCCAGUUUUCGAAAAGAAAGAAAGUUUUGCCGUGAUUUUUGCUUAGGAAGUGAGUAGACGUAUAAUGUACCGGCAUCUUCCACUGCUACGUAUCCUCAACCCAGAGGGAGGUCUAAUUAUUCCUCCCUCUGGGAUCAAAUAAAUGUCUUCCAACCCCCACAUGGAAUAGGGCUCUGAGACGCACCACAGAGCACGUAGCAGCGACUUUGAAGGUUUCGAGUCCGAUACCAUACCCUAAAAAGAAUAAGAAGAGCCUUUCUGCUUCAAUCGGCAGGGCUUCAGGAGUGGACUUGAGACGAAAACCUCGGUCAAAUGCGCCAUAGUUGAGAUAGAAUGGCAUUUACCCGUGUUCAAGAAAAUGGAAGUUUAUUUAGAGGGUUGUCGCUUUGAUCGAUAGUGCUAGGCUGCUUAAGACUAAGACCGGCGUAUUUCAUAAGAUUUCCUAAAGUUGGUUUAUAGGGUCUGGGCCUAAAGAAGCAUGGAUGCCUGGAAUUGCUAUUUCCAAUCUCAAGUCAUAUUUGCAUUUGCGCUGAAGAUUUGCGUAGGAAAGGUGGCCAGUCUCCUCCGACUCAAAAGCCCAAAGGAACUUAUUUUCCAUGCCCGGUAUCGAGAACCUUCUCUGCCUUUUCCAUGCCCGGUAUCGAGAACCCUCUCUCCCUACGACCUUCUUUCAGGGAUGCGUCUUCCUUGAAUUGAAUUGAACGGCACUUCGGAACUUGUGAAAUACUUUCUUAUCGCCAGGGCUCAGUUUAUUCGAGUAUUUGUGUUGGUCCGCACUCCUAUCUCCUAUCUACAGCUACCGCUAUCAAUUCCUAUUCCCAGUUUGUUUCCUCUAUCCCUUCCUAAAGUGGCAGAAGCAUUCGAGUAAGAGAUCGGCAUCACACUAGUGAAAGUCAAGUAACGGAAAAGCAUCUCCUAAAUAAAAAGAAAUCAAUUAGACUAGUUUUCGAAACGAUGCUCCCACAAAAGGCAAGCUUGUCCAAUACGGGUUACCUUGGCCAAAGAUAGGAAAAUAGAUGCAUCUUUUCGGAAAGGAGAUACGAACCUUCUCCUCUUGUACAACAAACAGGCCUCCCCAAAAGGCAGAAGCAUCUCCGCUUGGUUAUAGGCUGCCUUCAAGGAAAUACGUGAUACCCGUUCCCUUGGCUAGACUAGAGCCGCUAAAGAUCCAUUUGAUGGGUUGCCUCUGAGGAGCUGUGCCGUCCGUUGACACCUUCCUCAAGUGUCUGAAUCAAGUAAUGGGUUUGUUUUUUCUCGUACCUGCAUGGUUUCCUACUUAUUGGCUUGAAGCCGACCCAUAGCUUUGUUGUGGUGAGGAUGACUCUAUUCCUCUAUUUCUGAUUUCGAUUUGAUUCACGACUGAUCCACAGUUCGAUGUCUUUAGCCAGGGCAGAUCUCCCAAUCCGGAACGGAAGUCCGUAUUCACUUGUGAGAAUAUGAUCUUCCACACUGGCAUCCACAGCUACUACUCGUCCUUACUACUCCUCGGAAAUUGCAAUUCAUUCACAUCUGCUACCAAUACCAAGAAAUACCAAUACGGACUUCUUGUUCCAAUCGAAACGAGCAAACCUGGGGAAGAUAGCAAGAUUAGCAGAACGGGAACCCCCCACGGGGAAGGGCUCUGAGACGCACCACAGAGCCCGUAGCAGCGACUUUGAAGGUUUAUCGCCCAUCGGCCCAGAAAUCCAUAGAAAGACGAUUGAGAUUAGUGAAUGGCAUCGAUCUGAAGUUCAUAGAAUCUCUAGCGUCUCUUUGUUCGUAACAAAUGAGUAACUUAACUACUAAUGUGACGAAUAGUGCCAGGCGUAGUGUAUCACUGGAAUUCGAUCAGUCUGUUGGAAAGGGAUCACUCUCUGAUUCUGCUUCAAGUCCUGUGCGUGCCUGUUUCGAAGAAUGCUAUUCGCUCUAGUGGAAAAAGUAGCGAUUUAUGGCCAUGAUCCCGACCCGAACCCUCAAAUGAUGACGAACGGCUGACUUCACGUAGAACCCGUUAUGCCAAUCUGGAUUCCACAUCUGCUACAAGAAAAUCGUCUUGAAAGAUUGCAAAUCAAGCAUUCGUCCUUAGCGCAGUUCCUGAAAGAUAUCGUGCCAACAGAAAGAUCUCGUUCCCGUAGAUUCCGUUCGUUCCAGCAAUCGUGCCGGAACUCACUGAUCCAUUCAAAGGAUUUCUUUACCACUGCUCCCGAUGGCCAAAGGACCGAUAUCUUCUUCUCACGCCUAGCAAAGAUCGAGUUCUGUUCUCACUUCACUUAAUGAGCCUAUUUAUCUGUUUUUAUACCAUAGAUUAGAUUCUCAGGGAGAAGUGGCGCACUUUCUCGAGCUAUCUAAGCAUCCAGGGAAGUGAUUCCACAAGCUAGAGAGAUUCUCCUCUUUUCUUUUUCAGAGUUGAGCUGGCGGAUCAAUGUUUGUCAAAUCAUUCUCUGUUGAGUUGAGUCCUCGCCGAAGGUGCCGUGCCGUAUAGUACUUCCCCAGGUGCGCUAUAGUACUUCUCCGGUUAUAGGUGAUAGGUGCAUGGCUUCCGCUCAUAAAGAAUGAGUGAGACCGGCGCUCAAUCAAUCAGCCACCAGUAGAGGAUAAAGGAAAAAGGGGUUCAUCAAUGAGAGGCGCAUGAGAUUCUGUAUUGGCCAACUCUUUCUAACUAUCACUAGGCCGGAUACUCCGAUUCUCUGUGGACGAUUUCCUUCUCUCUCGUUCAAUGCCCUUUGGUCUCGAGGAUCACCAUUUGGUGGGGUUGGGGUCACACCCGAAGUCGUAUUGGAGAAUUGAGCGGAACUACUUCCAUGUGCACUCUUUUCUCGGGUCAGGAAGCCCUGUUUUUGAAGUGAAGCAGGAAGACCUCUUCGUCAUCAUUAUUGGGGUAUGGGCCCUAAAUCAUUGGAAAAGACGGUUUUCUUUAGGGAAUUGACACGAUAUCGCCUCCUUCUGUACUAAUCAAUCAAGGGAAUGGAUGAGUUCACUUAAGAAGCAGGCCUGGCCAACAGAGAAGUCAGCUCAGGUUUCAUCUCAUCUAAGCAGCAGCCAAGCGAUGAUUCUGGAAUCGUGCCAUGCUUGACAGUUGGACUUCUCGCCAUACAUAGAAAUGAACUGCUGAUGAGCUAGCUAUCCCCGAUAUGAUCUGGUACUAGACUUCACACAUGUUGCCAUCGUAUAAUCGGAGAAUCAACGCGGAAAGAAAAAAAGAUGAUUUUCGAUACUAGGAUGACUACUCCCGAGGCCUGUUUUAACUAAAGAAUUUACAGGUGGCCCGGUCGGUAAACUAUUCCCGAGAGAGGAGAAGCAGAAACAUCAAUCUGUAUUUUCGUAUCAUAUUCCAGCAGCUCCAAUGCCUUAGAGCGGGAUCUUAUCUUCCUAGAAAGAAAUGAGUGUUGCACACGGAUAGCCAGCUACUCCUUAUGAAUGGGAUGCAUGCAUAUUUCAAUUCAUGAACUGAAGCUCGUAGAAAUCCUUCCUAUCCGCCUAGUUACCUAUCCGGGCUUGUUUCGUAGAAAUCCUACCUUGCUUUUGUUUUGAGAAAGACUAUUUUUGAGUUUCUUCGGUGCAAAAGUAGGCAAGUCCGUUUCAUAUAGCUGCAAAAGUUAGCAAGUCCUUUUUCCCUAAGGAAACUCGAUUUCCAAUGAAAAAAGUGCGGAUCACUGGGUCAAAAGUAGUGUUUUUCUAGUUUACCUCAUAAAUGCAUGUUUUGAGAGCAAUAUUUUUCGGUCAAGUCCUAAUCACUUAGCUGUAAAAGUAGGCUUUUUUCAUCUCCCGAAACCUCCCCAAAACUCCACACCAAGCCUUUAGAUACGCAAAUAUGAGCUUGCCUUGGCUUUAUUGCCCUUAUCGGAUGGAAGUUACAGAUGAGAAAUGACGUAUCUUACGUAUCGAAUCUCAAGUAACGGAUGAGAAUUGACGUAUUCAAAGUGGAAAGAACGAAUAUCGAUUCUCGUGGAUGAACGGAGGAAAUGGGAACUUGGUCUUUGCACUCUUCUUUCGGGGGGGUUAUCCCAUGACAUGAUAAAGACCAAUCCAAAACUUCUUCGUUUCGUUGGUAGAACCAACGCCGACUCUUCUCUAAAAUAAUAGAGAGAUCUUUUGAUAGUAUCACUUCUAUCAAUGCAAUGAAAGAACUAUCCCUUCCUAUUUGUUUGUCCUAAUGAGACAAAGAAGAGCCUCCUUCUUUACCACUUUAGGGGAUGGGGGUGAAGGGGGGUUUACAUACAACCGGGGCAAAGUGGUUUAUGAUUGAAUCUCAGAGGCAUUCUUAUCAUUUGGUAGAUCCAAGUCCAUGGCCUAUUUCGGGUUCACUCGGAGCUUUGGCAACCACCGUAGGAGGUGUGAUGUACAUGCACUCAUUUCAAGGGGGUGCAACACUUCUCAGUUUGGGCCUAAUAUUUCUCCUUUAUACCAUGUUCGUAUGGUGGCGGGAUGUUCUACGUGAAUCCACGUUGGAAGGGCAUCAUACAAAAGCUGUACAAUUAGGACCUCGAUAUGGUUCUAUUCUCUUCAUAGUCUCGGAGGUUAUGUUCCUUUUUGCUUUUUUUUGGGCUUCUUCUCAUUCUUCUUUGGCACCUACGGUAGAGAUCGGAGGUAUUUGGCCCCCAAAAGGGAUUGGGGUUUUAGAUCCUUGGGAAAUCCCUCUUCUUAAUACCCCUAUUCUCCCUUCAUCCGGAGCUGCCGUAACUUGGGCUCAUCAUGCUAUACUCGCGGGGAAGGAAAAACGAGCAGUUUACGCUUUAGUAGCAACCGUUUUACUGGCUCUAGUAUCCACUGGCUUUCAAGGAAUGGAAUAUUACCAAGCACCCUCCACUAUUUCGGAUAGUAUUUAUGGUUCUACCUUUUUCUUAGCAACUGGCUUUCAUGGUUUUCAUGUGAUUAUAGGUACUCUUUUCUUGAUCGUAUGUGGUAUUCGCCAAUAUCUUGGUCAUCUGACCAAGAAGCAUCACGUUGGCUUUGAAGCAGCUGCAUGGUACUGGCAUUUUGUAGACGUGGUUCGGUUAUUCCCAUUUGUCUCUAUUUAUUGGUGGGGAGGUAUAUGAAA